AAAUUCAAUUCUGUUGUAAACAGUAAACAAAACAUGACAUUUUCAAAAUAAAGUAAGCGUUUACGUUUGGUUUUAAUUUCAAACUUGUAUUAAUUAAUUAAAUUGUGAGGUAAGUUAUUUGGAUUCAAACAGUGAGAAAAAACUUUUUAUUAGAGUCUGAAGAAAAUCACAAAAUUUACAGUUUGAUGUCAACGUCUUUUUAGACUGUAUCCCAAUAAGAUCAGCAUGGAGGAAAAAUGUAUAAACUAGCAAAGCUUAUCAAAGAUGUUUGCAACGAUCACUGUGAAAAGUUGCUGUAAGAUUUUACAGCGAUGGACGUGUGAAAUCAAUUUCUUAUCAACAAUUCAAUGAAGCUGCAGAUGUGGUGGCUGAAUUUUUUAAUGAAGCACAGAAAAAUUUGGAAAUUGAUGCUCGAGGUUACAUAGCCAUACUCGCAGACGUGUCUGACAUUUAUCCAGUAAUAAUCCAAGGAAUCCUCUUAUCUGGGAAUCCGUUCAUGUGUUUGGAUGUUGAUGGCUCAGAAAAUGGAUUGAUCAAUCUGAUUAAAAAAUUGAAAAUUGAAAUUCUGCUGACCAAUGAGAAAUAUGCCAAAAAAUUUGGAACCAAGCUUGAUAAAUCGAAAAAAUUGAAGGAUUUCAAACUCUUCGAACAUGCUUUUGAAAUUUGGAAAACCGGAGUAUCUGAUGAAACUAGCAAGACUGAAGAUGCUGCAAGUAACAAUGAUAGAGAGAGACGGUCAUACGAUAAAAGGGAGAGACUAUUAUAUGCUAUUCAAACGUCAGGAAGCACCGGUGAGAAAAAAAUCGUACAAGUGACUGAAGAUUGCAUUCUACCCAACAUUUUAGAAUUGAGGGAAGUGUUCAAUGUGUGCCCGACAGAUGUGAUCUACUAUGGGUCCCCAGUCACUUUCGACCCCCACAUUGUCGAGUUAUUUGUGGCGCUCACCAGUGGGGCAUCACUGUUCAUAGUUGCCUCAAAGGCUAGAGCCGCCGCCAUUCCUACCCUCGUUGACGUUCUGUUUCCCGAGGAAAACUCUGAAAAUCCAGAAAAUGGUUGCGCGAUUCUCAUUCCCGCCGAAAACUCUGAAAAUCCGGAAAAUGAUUGCGCCACUCCCACUUUGCUUGACGUCCAUUUUCCCGAGGAAAACUCGGAACAUGAUUGGUGUGUCACUCUAAUCCAAACCACGCCCUCCGUUUUCCUGUCAUGGCCGAAACAGCUGACUCGCGAGCGGGUCAUGAGACGGUUGAAGGUUCUGGCUUUGGGUGGAGAGGAAUGUCCGAGUCAAGAUAAGCUGUCAAAUUACUGUUCACCCGCCGAUUUUUCGAAAAUUUACAAUUUGUACGGAAUAACCGAGGUGUCCUGUUGGGCAUCUUAUAGACAAUUGUCUGCUGGAAAGGACUGGCAGACUCUAGGAGAGGCUAUGAGAGAAACAACGCUACAAGUCAGAGAUUCAGAUGGCAGUGUUGUCAGUGAUGGAAUAGGAGAGAUGUUCAUAGGGAGCCAAAGUAGAAUAUGUAUUCUAGAUAAUGAGUGUAUUUCUCAAGUAUUAGAAGACUCCAAAAAGGAACCUGUGUUCAGAGCAACUGGUGAUUUGGUUCAGGUUGAAAACUGUGGAAAAUCGUUGAAAUUUGUGGGACGCAGGGACCGAGUCGUGAAAAGGUGGGGCCAAAAAGUAAAUCUUGCUCUCAUAGAGGAAACGGUCAUGAAAAGCGCUUACGUCAGCAAUUGCUGCUGUAUCAAUGACGUCACACGCGGUCUUGUACUGUUCUAUCAGGCGGAUAAUUUUCAGAUUGACCACAAUAAUCAGUUGAAAUUCUGGUUGAAGAAAGAAGGACUUCUGCCUAAUAACGCGUCUGUUCCGGAUACUUUAAUUCAGCUACAUGAGUUGCCUCUAAAUUGCAAUGGUAAAAUUGAUCGAUCUCAACUGGAGAAAAUUCUCAGAGAAACCGACCCAUCUGAAACAAAUUCAACUCUGAAGAUUCCAUUCAAACUACAUCUGAGAUAUCUGUGGAUAUCCUGUACAUCGGGUAGCGGCGUCGAUUUUGAAGAAAAGAAUGAAAAUAAUGAUAAAAUUGAUGAAAAAAGCUCGGCGGGUUUUAUUUCAUGUGGUGGUACAUCGAUAUCAGCUGUACAGUUCAUCUCAAAAUUGCACCAGUUUCUCCCCAAGGUUCCCAGUGAAUUGUUGACUAAUCUUUUAUCAGACUGUACUUUUGAGAAAUGUUGUAGUUUACUUGAUGGAACAAAGUUUGGGGAAAAUGUUGGGACAAAGAUUUUAGGAAAUGAUCAGUCUGAAUUUGGAAGAAAGCUUGAGAAAAAUAUUGAAACAAAUUCUGUAGAAAGUAUUGGAGCAAAACAAUUAGAAAAUGUUCCAUCUUAUCUUGUAAAAGAUGUUGGAACAAAGCGUUGGGAGAAUAUUGAGUCAAAGUUUAUAAAAAAUGUUCCAUCUAAAUUUGGAAGCAAUAUUGAAACAAACCUUGUGGAAAAUAUAGAAACAAAUUGUGUAGAAGGUAUUGAAACAGCUUCCAAUUUUAAUUGUGAAGGGGUUUCUGACAUCUCCGAGCCUAUAAUUAAAAGAAAAAAAGUUGAAAUAGUUGAGAAUAAUGCUGAUUGUGCUGUUUCGUCAGUGAAAUGCAGAGGGAAACUUGUGAUAUAUUCGGAAAGUGGACAUGAAUGCAUAGAACUAAAUUUAUCCGAGAAAAUCAAGAUGACUAUUGAAUGGAAGUAUUUUCUGAAGAAAUGUGUGGAUGCGUCUCCGACAGUGAUAGCUUAUAAAAAUGGAGCAACAGUGGUAUCAGUAGGCUCUCAUUCUGGCGACCUGGUCCAACUUGAUUUUAACAGUGGACUUUUGAAAUCGUCUUGCCAUUUACCGGAUAGAAUUGAGUCAUCAUUGACUGUAUCACAUUGCGGAAAAUAUGGAUAUAUAGGCUGUUAUGAUGGCUAUCUCAGGUGUAUAGAUUUGGAAACUGGACAACCGGUUUUAUCAUUUGCUUCCUGUGGAAUGGUCAAGAGUACUCCAAUAUUAGAUGAGAAUGGAUCAAUUAUUUUUGGGUCAUACGAUCAGCAUUUGUAUUGUAUUUCGGAUGAAUUCCAGGUAAUAUGGAAAUGGAAAGGUGGAGGUAGCUUCUAUGCCACACCUUGCAUAGACAAGGAUAGUAACCUGGUAUUCGCUGGUCUACUGGAUGGAACUUGUGUGUGUCUGGAGAUAGAUAAAGGAGCCUUAAAGUGGAAAACAAAACUGUCUUCGCCCAUAUUCGCCUCGCCCGUCUUGCUUGGCUCUGACGUCAUAGUUUUUGCCGAAGUUUCUGGCUCUGUCAACUGUCUGAAGACUGUCUGUGGAUCGUUGCUGUGGACGUACAAAGCCGACGGCAACAUUUUCUCAUCCUUGACAUCAGCCACUGUUGCCAACAAAACACUGAUCCUGUUCGGAUGUCACGAUGCACACGUCUACUGCUUGUCGGGGUGUGACGUCAUGUGUCGGCCAUCUUCGAUUUGGAGAACAUGCUUAUUGGCGCCUGUGUUCGCAACUCCUUUUGUGGAUAUUUUAAAUAAUUUGGUCGUAGCAGCCAACACAACGGGAACGGUUUUUGUUAUGAGUUUGAGUGACGGAUCUGUGCUGACUUCGCUAAAACUGCCUGGGGAAAUAUUCUCUUCACCUGUGAUACAUGAUGGUAGAAUCGUAGUAGGCUGUAGGGACAAUUAUUUGUAUUGUAUUUCAAUAAUUGAUAAUGCGAUCUGUGUUGAAGAAAGACUAUAGCAAUAAGUGGUGUUGAAAAUAAAUGUAUUAAGAUUCUCUCUGUACGUUGUAAGAAAUGAUAACCGAACAGUAUUGAAGACAAUAUUGAAGUAUUUAAGGAAUCUGUUGGGGAAAGAUUAUUGCAAUAAGCAGUUGAUGAAGAUAGGUAAACAGUACCAAGGUACUCUCUGUACGCUGUAAGAAAUGAAAACUGAACAUUAUAUAAAAAAUAUUGAAUUAUUGAAGAGAAUAUUGAAGUACCGGUAUUGAAAGAAUCUGUUGUGAAAAGAUUAUUGCAAUAAACACUUCAUGAAGAUAGCUGAACAGUACCAAGGUACUCUGUGGACGCUGUGAAAAAACGAACACCAAACAGUAUUGAAAGUACUGACUGUCCGCUGAAGAUGGAGUGUCUUGGAACGCGUCCGGACAUGAAAGGUUUCCUUUUUACAACACGGAGCUUCUCGCCAAAUGGUUGUCAGCCAUACGAAGGACAGGUUUCCUAGCAAAUAGGUACUCGACAAUCUGCAGUGUACAUUUCAAGAAGGAAGACCUGCUGAUGGUUCCAGGAGAGAAAAAGCCGAGGCUUCGCGAAUGGGCAGUGCCUUCUAUAUUUCCAGGGGUGUCCUACACUGUCAAGCAAGAUCCACUAGAACUAGAGAGCUUUCCAGAAACGCGGGAAGUCGCGACGCAAACUAGACACGUCGCCAGGAGAGAAAUUAUUGUCGCCGGAGUCAAAUUAUUGCGGAAACAAGAUGCCGGCACACAGACGUCAAAGAAAUACUACACUUCAUUAAUGUCAGCUAGUAAAAUGAGGCAGAAAGUCAGAAUCAAGCAGAAGGCAGUGAACA